UUUCCUACGCGACGAUAAAAGGGGAUGAAAACUCGGAGAAUCGAUACCACGAUAAGUGUGUAACAUUUUUCCUUCUCGCUGGGGUGCUGAGGAAUUUUUCGCUAUUCCUAGUGUGUCUCGAAAGGGUGGAAAAUGUGAUAUCGGAUAGAGUUUUUCGCGUUUGGAUUACAUAAACGGUAUGCGGAUCGUCGGAAUUUCCUAUUUACUGAUCAAGGACAGUGCCAAUGGCCAUCGCUAAUCGGUCCAAGUUGUCUUGUGGUUGUGCCCAUUGAAGUCGAUUUUUCGCCCAUUCAUUUUCAUCCGGAACACGGGGCCUCUGUGUGGGGAUACAGUGAAAAAGAGGGCUGGAAAAACGUCAUCUAUUAUUGAUCCGGGUGGAUUUCGGGCCACGGGAUCAUCGAGCGAGUCUAGCGUGCGUCUGGUCGGUUUCCGGGUCCUGUUUGGAUACCUUACUUGGAUUAAAUACAGACCCCUCGGAAGCUCUCGAAAACCGAGAAAAGGAUCUGAACCAAUCGAAAGCUUUCUGCUGCGUCCGUUGAGUGGCGUUAAUUAUACCCCCAGUCGAAACUCGAAAAAGUCAGCGAUAGCAAAAUGCAGCCCCCACCUCGAAAAGGCAACUACACAAAAUUCCUCAAGAACCUGCACACCGAACAGCUCGCUAAGCUAGCGCUCAAGAAUCAGAAUGAGUGCGAACUGCUGGAGGACAUCCGGCAGUUUACGCUCAAGCGUUCCGCCAUCGAGAAGUCGUACAGCGAGGCGCUGCUCAAAAUUUCGUCCGCCUUCCUCAACAAAAAGCAAGCCUGCAUACCGGAAAUUAAAAUGGAUGGCGCCGACGAACGAUGGAAUAUGUGGAGCGUAUGGCAGACGGUUCUGGAGGAGAACGAAAAGCUCGCCAGGGCUAGGCUGGCCGCAGUAGAAGUGUUCCAGCAGCAGAUAGCAGAUGAGGCCAAACUUCUUCGCAGCAGCAAGCUCGGCACCAGCAAGAAAUGUGUCGAGCAUCUGGCCGUGGUCCAGAAAGAACUCCAGCUCUCGGUGCAGGAUGUGGACAAAACCAAAAAGUGUUAUUUCGACGAGGAACAUUGCGCUCAUGAUGUGCGUGACAAAGCGCGUGACAUAGAGGAAAAGUUGAAGAAGAAAAAGGGAUCAUUUUUCCAGUCGAUAACAUCGCUGCAGAAGAAUAGUGCUCGAGUGACUUCGCGUAAGGAACAGCUUGAGGAGAAAUCUACCGGGGCUCGUAACGAUUACAUUUUGAGUUUGGCAUCGGCCAACGCUCAUCAGAAUCACUAUUUCACCAUCGAUCUGCAGACCACAAUGGCUACGAUGGAAAAUUACGUUUACGAACGGGUAGCCGACUAUCUAGCCUUAAUAGGACGUACGGAACUUCUGACCUGUUCGGCUACUCAGAACUCUUUCGGAAAGAUUCGAGACCAAGCUCAGCAGCUCACGCGCGAGUACAAUCUUCAAUGUUGUUAUCUGUACUAUCCGGUUCUCAAGCAACACAUUCAGUACGAGUUCGAACCGUGCGAUAAUGACCCGGUCAGGAAGAUCACGGCCGAUCACGAAUCUGCCACUGAAACUUUGAACCGAGAGGGCAAACGCUGGGCAGGUCGUGUGGCACGCGAAAGCAACGUCAUAAGGGAGAACGCCAAAAAACUGGCCAUUUGCACAGCGCUGCGUGAGGCGGGCCAUCGCAAUGAUCCGAACGACCAAAACGGACCGGAUUUGGAAACCAAGAUCGAAGAGUUCCGGGAAAAUAUUCGCAAGGCUGAAACCUACAAAUGCAAAGCCGAAGCCCGGCUAGAGUGUUUGAGAGUCGGCGGCAUCAACGUGGACGAAUGGAUCCAAGAGGCGGAAACGUUGAGCGUGCAGGAGAUGCCCCGAUCGGCCAGUUCGUUGUCAAUGCGAACCGAUGCCUCUGGACAAGGGGAGAAUCCCAGCUCUGACUCAUUCUAUGACAGUGACAAUGCUGAACAAGAUCAACCAAUGUCGGAAUCAUCGCCAGCACCGAAACAACCGGAACCGCCAGCGGAUGGUUUCCCCAUCGAUAGCGAUGAGGAUGAAGACUUCGAAGUCGAACAGGAACGCCAGAAAAUCGAGCAGAUCUCCCACACCUGGGAUGACCCGAUCAACGUCGACUGGGGUGCCGGCGCCGAGGAAGCUGAAACGGCUGCUGCAGCAGCAAUGCCGUCUUCUCAAAUUCCGGCUCAACAAUCGGGUGCCGGACAAACAUUCAAAUGCACGGCACUCUACUCUUACACCGCACAAAAUCCGGACGAGCUAACGAUCGUCGAAAGCGAGCAGCUGGAGGUGGUUGGCGAGGGCGAUGGAGAUGGAUGGUUGCGCGCCCGGAACUAUCGUGGUGAGGAAGGAUUCGUCCCACAUAACUAUCUGGAUGUGGAACGGGAUACACCGGUGGACACUCACACACCAGCCCAACUAACUUCUCAGAUUUCAUUCUCUUCGGUCGAUUAUACCGUGGAUAAUGAGGAUCAAGAUCAGAUGCAAGAUUCUGGUCAAUCGCCGGAUCAAAUUUCAGUCAUCUCUGCUCCGCGCAAGAUUCAGCAGAUGUACUGCGUUGCACUCUAUGACUACGAUGCCACAGCAGAAGACGAACUCACUUUCGAAGAAGGACAGAUAAUUAAACUUAUCACCAAGAGCCCCCACGGAGUCGACGAUGGUUGGUGGGAGGGUGAGUUGGGAGGCAAAAUUGGAAACUUCCCGUCACUCGUAGUUGAAGAAUGUGACGAAAACGGGGAACCACUGACGGAUGCCGAAGAUGAAUCACCCCCACCAUCGGCUCCACCAAUGUUCGCGGCACCAGCUCCACCGCCGAUGGUUCUACAUGAGGCCACUCCUCCGGAAGGACAGAGCCCAGAUCCCGAGAGCAGAAACUCAGUUCCGGCUGUAGAUCGAUUCGAACUUGAACUUAACGAUGAUCAGUACGAUAAAUAUGGUUCCCAGUUUUCGGCACCGCCACCAUCUCAGCCUCCACCAGUUGUUAUAUGUGAAGAGCCAGAGGAGGAGGAGGAAGAGGAAGAAGAAGAGCAGGAGCCACCACGUACCGAAACAGCAGCAGCUAUUGCUAAAAGUGAACAGGACCAGCUCAAUCUGAUGUCGGCCCAAAUAAUCGUAACUGCUGCCACGCCCAUGCAUGAAGAGCCCGACAAGAAGUUCCCGCCUCCGCCGGAAGACGCCCAGGCCGACGAGGACUCAGCCGAGGAGCAGCAAACGGAAAUCAUUGAAAAGCAAGAACAAGAAAAGGCAGAGGUAAGUGCAAAGGAAAAGUCCAAAGUGGACUCACCUCCCAAGGAACAACCGAAGCCGCCCCAACCGCCCGUGACAAAGCCACCGACUCCUCCGAAACCUGCCAAACCUCCGUCUCCCCCAAAACCGGCCAAACCAACCGUCAUCGCCAAGGUUAAGCCAAAACCGGAUCCACCUGCGGCCGCGAAGGAACCUGAACAGCCCCCAGCAGCACCUAUCGAGGACCCGGUUGCACCGUUUGAGACCACAUUCGAGGCCAACUUCGAGGCAAACUUUGCGGCCAACUUCGACGAUGCAUUCGGUAGCAGCAGCAGCAGCAACAGUCAGCCGGAACCGGAACCGGAAAUACCGAAACAAGUGGUCGGUGGCAGGGCAAGCAUUCCUGAGGAACUGGAACCGCAUCAGCUGGCCCGGCUGCAAAAUCUCAAAGAAUCUAACGCAUAAUGGGCACAAUCGCUUACUGUUAUGGGCAAACACAUACACAACUGUUAUAGUAAACAUACAAAAACGCAAAAGGUUCACUACUAUCGACGAAUUACUUCUAUUCUAUUUAGCGGAAUCGUACCAGAAAAUAUACAAACAUACACACGGGCAUCUACAAAUGCAUCAUCCAUACAAGCACAUACAAGUAACAACUUAGAAUUGUGUAAAAAUAAACACACGAUCGAAGCUAUCAUAUUAUACUGAAUCUUAAUAGCUAAAUUUAAACUUAAUUCAGAUUCAAGGUAAAAUUUACGUAAAAUUCGGGUUCAGCUGAACUAGCGAUAUUUUCAAGCAGCUCAUGGAUUGGCUGUUUUUCAUUCCGUAAGUGAGCGAUCCCUUCAAAGAUAAAUGAACUGCAUAUCUCUGAAAACCUUCUUCAGCUUCCUUGUUUUGGAAGAUUCCUGUCUGGACGUUGUUCGUGGCGAAUUACUUCAAGGUCUCCAUCCGUAAAUGGCAAGAAUGUUUUCAAGAUUCAAACUCUCAGAAUGUAGAUCCAGAGCAGAGAUAGAGAACAUACCUUCUAGCAAAUUGGAUUUCAAAUUUCAUAUUUAACGUGAACAGUUCAGUAUUUUAUUUUUAAAUUUUUAACUUCGAAGCCUUUCGGAGGGAUAAUUUUCAAUGUAAUGGAUGAUUUCGAAAGAAGGUUCAUUUGAUUAUUGUUGUAUUGAUGAAAAAAUUAAAAUGAAAACCAAGUGAGAUUCCAUUGAUACAACUUUACCGACCAUGAACAAUAAAAUAAAUUGUAUGUUUUCGCGAUUGUAAUCAAUAAAGAAAAGCAUAGAACAAAUAUGAUGGUAGCUAAACCUGAGCAGAACUAGAUCAUUCUGAAUUGUUGAAGGAAACUGAAACACACAUAGCCUAUCGCCUCUAGUAUCGAUUUAUUUAUAACUAUAAGAAGGCUGCUUUUGGUCCUGGAAAUCCAAUCGCAGUGGUUGCUUAUGAACCGCUUAACAGAUUAAAAUUAUUGAAAAAACAAUCGACCGGAUAGUGAAAAAACAAAAGAUCGAAGAAAACAAACCGACAGUCGCGCAACUCUUCUCCACUAGCCUUCAACGCUAAUAUUAUCGAAAUGCAAUCAAAAACCAAACUAUAAAUUUGUCUGAUAAAAUAACCGCGUGAUUUCAUGAUUAUCGUUUGUAACUUGUAUAACUUUCAAGUUAAAUCGUAUAAUUUUCAAACGUCGUUUGUAGAAAAUUGCGUUCUGUUUGACGAAUAAUAAGAACCUCUAGAUCGUUCGUACUGUUAACGCUUUCAAAAAAUAUAUAAUCUUAACAAACCAUCUGAUAAACUCUUAAUUGGAAAUACCAUCUAAAGUAAUAAAAAAAAAGAAUGAAAAAAUAGCAUUAACGCAUCCUCUGCAAAAAAUAAUCAUAUGUUUACGUAAGUAAAAAGCGCACGACAUCAAUUUAGUACUCCCGAUACCAAUAGUCAAGCAUUAUGUGUAGCAAUAAUAAGGAUUUAUUGUUGAAUUAGUUCUAAUCGAGAUAAAUAAAAACGCAAAAAGACGGCAAGAAACCCAUUUCUUCAACCUCAUAGAGUCACCAUUUCCAAACAGAAAUAAAGCGAGACUAGCAGAUCAGCGCCGAAUUAUAAACUAUUGUUUGAUUAUCUUGACUUGAACCAAAAACACUAUACUCGUACCUAUCACGGAAAGAAACAAAUAUCGAAAAUCUUUGAGCAAAAAAGUACUUAAAUUAGGCAACUAUAUACAAAACCUAACAUUUAUUGAUCAACAUAAGUAAAAAUGCUUGAGUUAUGAAGGACGAAAAGAAACGUUACGUUAAGUGCAAUAUUUACAGUAGUAUAAAUUCCUAUUUUUAGGUUUUCCACCCUCAUGGAAUUGGUAACCAUCACCAUUGUCAUUUGUGGUUAUAUAUAAAAAAACAAAAAAGAAAGGAAAAUAAGAAAAAUAUUAUGCUCUAUUAACUGUAUUUAAUUCCACCGCAAAAAUGGUCAUUAAAAUGAUGAAGAAGGAAGACAGUAUCCUAUCCACAGAAUAAAAGUAUAAAAAUAAAAAUAAGUCAA